CAAUCCAGGGGCGCCAAAUCUGCUGCACGGUGCACACAGAAGUACUCGUCAGGUGAAGUUUGGGGUGUUUUCAUCAUCUGAGCAGCCAUCAGUCAUGGACCUCAGCCCCUUUGAUGCUGACAACUCCGUCAGCUGCCGGCUGGUUUCUGAGAUCCCUAAAGUCUGCAAAACGGAGGAUUGCUGUCUUGGCAUUGAUGAGGCUGGCAGGGGGCCUGUGCUGGGGCCAAUGGUGUAUGGGAUAUGUUUCUGUCCACUUUCCAAAAAGGAGGAGCUGAAGGACUUGAAAGUAGCAGAUUCAAAAACCCUGACAGAGGCAGAAAGAGAGAAUCUUUUUGAAAAACUGGAUGAAGCUAAGAGUUAUGUUGGGUGGGCUCUGCAGAUUCUGUCGCCAAACACCAUCUCUACCUGCAUGUUACGGAGGACAAAAUACAACCUCAACGCCCUUUCACACGAUACAGCAAUAGACCUUGUACAGUAUGCUUUGGACAGUGGAGUACAGCUUAAAGAGAUUUAUGUGGACACAGUUGGCCCAGCGGACAAGUAUGAGCAUAAACUCUCUCAGCGGUUUCCAGGUAUUCAAGUGACUGUGAGGCCAAAAGCUGACUCCCUGUUUCCAGUUGUGAGUGCAGCCAGUAUCUGUGCAAAGGUUGCUAGGGAUCGUGUCGUGAAAGGCUGGAACUUUGCAGAGGACUUGGGAGAGGUGGAUACAGACUAUGGCUCAGGGUACCCUAAUGAUCCCAAGACGAAAACGUGGCUGUUGAAGUACCUCGACCCAGUAUUUGGUUACCCUCAGUUUGUUCGAUUUAGCUGGAGCACUGCCCAAACCCUAAUGGACAGCAAAGCGGUUAAUGUGCAUUGGGACGAUGAUGAAGAGGAUGGCGAGAAGGCAGCGCAGAGGCAGAACAACAAGUCAGUGUUGUCCUACUUCAGUGUAUCAGCUGGAGGUAACGACCAAAAUGCAACCCACCAGGCACACCGCUUCUUCACUGAGCGGAGGCUGAAGAGCCUCAACACACUCUAAAGACACGUUAGAGGACCUUCACAUACAUCCUGGAAGUCAUAAAUGCAUUGUGGGACUUUUUUUGUAACUUCAGUCAUCUGUCUGUAUUUGUCUUGUUUGUAGCUGUUUUUAUAUAUAAAGAUGUUGUUUAAAUAUGUUUUAAAGUGUGUUCUGCAUUCUGUACCAUACAUCAAGAACGAGGGUGGGUUCAUUGCUGGAUUGCGUUGCAGUCUGUAAUGCCAAUACUGCCCUCCAUUGGUAAAAUAAAUGAAAAGCAUCAACAGAAUGUAACAACCACUAUUCGAGUUAUCAACACAAGAAGAACAAAUUAUUCAUCAAAGUCUGACAUCGGUGAAAUCUUAAACUUCAUCGCAAAUCUAAAGAACAUAUUAAUUCUAUGUACUUUCAGUAAAAAACGAUGGAAGUGGUCCAUUACAGAUUUGGAACACUCUUCAUACUCUGCACAGUUUUCCGCAGAUUGUAGCUCUUAGGUAGCUUUUAGGUUGAGAAUAAAACACAGUGCUACUUAAAACAAGCGUCUUUAAUUUUAACAAAAAAACAACAUAAAUAUUGUCACAAUAAAAUAGCCUUUAAUUAUGUAAAUUUGUAAUUUCAAAGAAAAAUGU